CAAUCGGGCUCUAGUUUGGAUUCCUGGCGGGAGGGUAUCUUCUGGUGGUGCUAGCCCGCGGUCCUGUCCCCGCCCGAGCAGGUGGCUCGCCCCUCCCCUGGGCAGGUACACACUGCUGUAGCGCUGGCCCUUGUGGGCUGCUCUGCGCCCUCCUCCUGGGCUUAUAUGUGGCUCCACUUGGACACUCGGGCAUGGAGCACGCUGCUCGACCUCAGCGAUGGAGUUGGAUGAGUUGUGCCUGAUGGACGCGCUGGUCUACCUGGAGGGUUUCAUGGCCCUCGUGGCCUUCGUGGGGCUCUGGUUGGUGGGCUCUUCCUACGGCCGCUACUCGUCUCAGUGGCCCGGCCGCCGAAUGCCCGCGCGACCUGCCUGGUUCCUACAGGAGCUGCCCUCGAUGGUGUGGCCGCUGUACGAGUGCAUCCGUCCUGCAGCCGCGCGACUGGGCCACCUGCCAAACCGCGUCCUGCUGGCUAUGUUUCUGAUCCACUAUGUGCAAAGGACGCUGGUCUUCCCUGUUCUGAUCCGGGGAGGGAAGCCCACCCUGCUGUUCACCUUUGUGUUGGCCUUCCUCUUCUGCACCUUCAAUGGCUACUUGCAGAGCCGAUACUUGAGCCAGUUUGCAGUGUAUGCUGAAGACUGGGUGACCCAUCCCUGUUUCCUGACAGGCUUUGCCCUGUGGUUAGUAGGCAUGGUGAUAAAUAUCCACUCAGACCACAUCCUGAGGAAUCUGAGAAAACCAGGGGAAACUGGAUACAAAAUACCCAGGGGAGGCCUGUUUGAAUACGUAUCUGCAGCCAACUACUUUGGGGAGCUGGUGGAAUGGUGUGGCUUUGCGCUGGCCAGCUGGUCCCUCCAGGGCGUGGUGUUCGCGCUGUUCACCCUGAGUGCGCUGUUGACCAGAGCCAAGCAGCAUCAUCAGUGGUACCACGAGAAGUUUGAAGAUUACCCCAAAUCAAGAAAAAUACUAAUUCCGUUCGUGCUUUAGAGUGCCGUCAGUGCUGCUGUCUUCCUGGGGUCUUUGCUCUGAGUACUCACAGAUGAAUUAUUUUCCUUAAUUCUCCUGCAGCUCCAUGGUUCUCGGGAAGGACAAUAGAGGGUUGUUGUCCCCUGGUUAAGGACAAAGCCAAUCAUAAACUAAUCUACCACAUGCAGUUAGGGGGCUAUCCUGUCUGGUAGGUCAGAAGCAGGGGGCACUGAGUCAUUACAGCGCCCCUGGCUUGUGGUAUCAGCACCCCUUACAGCCCUGCAAGGAUCCCACCCCAGUCAGCUGCAGUCACCCACCUCCUUAGCGGAUAUGUGUUCUGCCUGCUCCGCCCUUGCUGCAGAGGCCUGGAGGUGUGGGAGUGUGGCCCGGGGCAGCCUUAACUGCAGACCCCUUUGACCCCCAACACUGGUAAGAGAAGUGUCUCUCUGCAGUGCUCUGUCCCCCAGAGGUGAGACUGCAGUGCACCCCUUCACUAGCCCAUUUUUUGCUCUUCCUUUGCGCUAGAAUUCAUUGAGGUCCUUUUUGUUUUAAUCUCUUUCUUAAUAUUAUAAAACAAAAUGUCAAAACAGAAUUUCAUAUUUUUUGAACGCACCCCACGGACCAAUCAUGGCCCAUGAAGAUGGAAAGCUCCAGACUAGCUGGGAUGUGUAGGGAGACUCUCUUUGGGAAAAAAAAAAAACGUAACAACCAGCUAACAAUCCUAGGAAUUGACCGCAGUAAUAAAAGAUGCCGCCCACACAAGGACCAGCUUGGUUGGGAGAAAGAUGAUCACCGGGAUACUAACCCCACGGUGGCUCUGAGUGGUCUGAGGGCCACUAGUGCAGACCCAUCCCCACUGGACGGAUGAGCACUGCCCUGGGGCAGCGGCUGCGUUUACCACUCACCCUUUGCCAUCAGGUUCCAGAAUUAAAGGGAACAGAACAGAUAGGACUGUGUGCUCUGAUUCCCGUAAAGAUGCUGCAGGAAGACCUGCAGGCACGGUUCGCAGCCUGCACAGUGCCCACCACCUGCUGCUCCCGCCCCCACUUCCGUAUGCCCACUGUUACCUCCGUGUGCCCACUCCCACCUUCCCUGUGCUCUUUCGAGCGGGCCUUCCCAGCAGGCCUUCCUUCCUCAGCUCUUUGACUCACAGACAGAAACUAUUCUCUGCGCCUCGAGUUCGCGGACUGUCUAGACUUGACCCAGGAAACUUCAUUUUAACAAAGAGCAAUGUUUAAAGGGGAACUCCCCGUCAAAUCCUUUGCCCUUCCUUUUUCUGACCAAGGAACUGUUUGAAAGCCUAAAGCUCUCCUCUCAAAUAGUGUAGUUCCCCUCUCAAAACUUCAGCGAGGCCUGCCUGUUGCGUUCUGAAAGGUUUGCGUGGGAGGAGGUACUCAGCCGAGACCCUGGGGACUUGACCUCCUUUGGAGGACAUGGUGCUAAAGUUGGAACCCAGGACUCCAGGCUGCUAGGCAGAUGCUUUGUCACUAAACCACAUCACACAUUUGCCCUGUGAUGCCUCUUUGUUUAUGAAGGACCAAGCUGCCCACAGGCUUGUGUUUGCUCCCCCUGCUAAGUGAGGGAUUAGGGGAAUCCUGCCCCAACACUAUACUCUACUUCACUCCCUAAAACUCUGCCUUGUGUGAACCAUGAUUAUUGAAGAAAUUAAUAAAACUACAA